GCACAUUUCUACCGACUUUUUGCCGAACGUGGCAACGGUGUUCAACGGCAAGUGGUGGAUGCGUACACAGAAUUUACAAACAUCUGAUGUUUGUUGUUGUGCACAGUGAAUUUGUUGCGAGUAUUCAAAAGUGUUUUCAGGUUGUUUUAGCGGCAAUUAUAGCAUUGUUAUCAUUGAUAGACAAUUUUCAAAGACAAUGGGACGUUGGAAGUGCAUUCUUUGUGGAGUUAGCAGUGAAAAAACUGAGGCAACCUUCCACAGGUUUUCUAGUGAAGAAAAAACAAGAAGAAUGGUGGAUUAUCCUCAAUAUUGACAUAAAUGAUUUACCACUUCAUGCCUCUAUUUGCGCAAAUCAUUUUCACAAAAGUGAUUUAAUAGAAGGCAAAAGAACUCAACUAAAGCAUUCAGCAGUUCCAUCAGUAGAGCCUUUGAGGCAAACAGAUGAUUCCAGUGAUGAGGAGAAUGAAAUCAAUCUUGCCCAGGAAAUUGCCCUAUAAUCCAACUUAAGCUCCACAAUAAAUGUAGUCUCAAAAUCUUCCUAAACAAUAUUUCAUACAGGGUUGACCAAACAGACUAUUGUACAAUAUGUAAUACUCGAAAGACCGAAUCUUUAGGACAUCUCCUCUUGGAAUGUCCAUUAUACAAUCCAUUGAGCAUAUUCUGUCAGAUCGUUUGAACCAAAUCUGUGUCUUUGCUUGGCUAAAUAAAACGAAUGAGUUGAAUUUAUGAUACAAACUUUUAAAAUACUUUAGGGAACUAUUUAAGCUAAGAUCUUUCUUAAGGAAUGAAUAGUUUUUUUGUGCCUUCAAUAUCAAGACAGAAUAUUUGAAUUGAUGCGUC